UCAAACCAACAUCACGAAAUUUCCAGCCGAUCUCCAAGUCAUGUAGGGGCACAUGGCAUCAGGUUCAUGUCCCGUUCAUGUUUUGAUCAGGCUUGACAAUUGUCGUUCCUAAUCUCCUCCUUCUUUUUAAGAGCAAUUACAUAUCAACAUAAUUAAUUCUAAGGACCCCCCGUGGCACCCUCCAGUCCCUCCGUUAGCCAUCAUGUCCUCCGAAAAGCGCUCAGCGCCCGACAACUUCUCCUCCCACCAGCUGGUUAAACGACAAAGAUCUGAUGCCAAUCUCAAUUCGAGUAACGCCAUAGCCGUCGUGAAUGGUACUGCACAGAAUGGCGCGCUCAUCCAAUCGGUACCGCGGACGAGUGGCUUACAGGCUCCGGUCAUGGAGCUGUCAGGGCACAGUGGUGAGGUCUAUGCAUGUCGGUUCGACCCGACCGGAAACUACAUCGCAUCGGGUUCAAUGGAUCGAAACAUACUGCUAUGGCGGACAUAUGGCGACUGUGAGAACUAUGGGCAGUUAACAGGCCAUAAGGGAGCUAUCCUCGACCUACAUUGGUCCAGAGAUACCCGGACACUCUUUUCCGCUUCGGCCGACAUGUCCCUCGCAAGCUGGGAUGUUGAGACUGGACAGAGGAUACGUCGGCAUGUUGGUCAUGAGGACGUCAUAAACUGUAUGGAUCUCAGCAAACGGGGCGAAGAGAUAGCAGUGACAGGAUCGGACGACGGCUCCGUCGCAAUCUGGGAUCCUCGACAAAAAGAAGCCGUCGCCUACCUCGAAACCGACUACCCCAUCACCGCAGUCGCAAUGUCCGAAGCAGGCAACGAAAUAUACUCCGGCAGCAUCGACAACGACAUCCGCGUCUGGGACCUCCGAAAACAAUCCGUCGCAUAUUCCCUCCUCGGGCACACCGACACCAUCACCUCCCUCCAAGUCUCCCCCGACUCCCAACAUCUCCUCUCCAACUCCCACGACUCGACCGUGCGCACCUGGGACAUCCGGCCGUUCGCGCCGGCGAAUCGACAGGUGAAGAUGUACGAUGGCGCGCCGACGGGGAUGGAUAAGAAUUUGUUUAGGGCGAGCUGGGAUAAGGAAGGGAAGCGGAUCGUGGCUGGAGGGGGGGAUCGGACUGUUGUGGUGUGGGAUGUUGGGACGGGGAAGUUGUUAUACAAGCUGCCGGGCCAUAAGGGGGCGGUGAAUGACGUGAGGUUCUCGCCUAGCGAGUCGACCAUUGUCCUGUCUGGGUCUUCGGAUCAGAAGUUAAUGCUGGGGGAGCUUGGAAAAUAAUUUGAUUGUAAAAAAAGAUACCCUCUAUUAUGUGAGUGGUCUUGACCAGCAUGUAUAUAUCUUAUUGUGAUAAUGACUCGGUCGCGGAAAGCGACAAUCA